UAACCGUCUGUAUUCGGCCAACACCUAAAUCGGCUCUCAGCACCUAGCACUCUAGACGCCCUUCCACAGAGGUGUCUUCAAGCCGCUGUCUGCGCACGGCGUGCUUACAUCCUCAUUCGGCUCUUGUGCCAUUCUGUCUUGGGCGCGUCUUUCCGAGGAACCAUCCGGCAAAGACGUGCGACCUCCAGCGCCUGCACACUUGCACAUCCCUCUCACCACCUCUCGGUAGACGUCUUCGCCUUGGGUUCUCUUGGCCAAACAUGUUGACCAAAAUGUUCGGCAUCGCUCUUGCAUUGGGACUAUCGAUGGCCAUUCCCGCCACGGCGCAAGGCGCUCUGGAUGGACAAUGCGUCAGUCUGCAAGGCAGUGUCCAGUGCCCAAGCUUCCAGGAUGCAUACAUCAAUCCUCAAAAUCUCUCGUCAGCUUGGCCUUGGUUUGCCAGCGUUACCAACGUGACGACGUUCGACCAGCAAUUUGCAGCGUAUUUCACCGACCCCAACCGCUUCCUCGCUGAGAAGCUCGGGCGCCAACUUGCGUGCAACCGGACCGCAGCGCUGAACACCACACUGCAGUACGAGCGAACGAUACUCUGUGGCCAGUUCUCACAGAUCUCCUACAGCGCCCAGUGCAAUGUCGCCAACCGCGCGGACCCCAUCAUGGUGUGCCAGGACACGUGCCUGACAUACUCUGCUGCACAGAGUGACAUCGUUCAGAACCCGGCGAUUUGCACACCGGACGCAAAUCUCACGUCCGCACGCAAUGCAACCAGGUACAACACGUUGCAGCGCGACUACGUCACAUGCACCGAUUGGACCUCGCUAGUGUCGACCAACAACCAAACCUGCGUGGAGGGUGCCGCCAAUGAAGGCAACUGCGGAUUUGGCCCGGGUAUCAGCAAUCAACUCUGCGCUGCUUGCGAUCCUAGUGGCAAUCGCACCGUUCCUGCGUGCUGCUAUGCCAACAACACCGCACUGUCUGGAUGUGCGUCUUAUGGUCACCCAGGUGCCGCUGCAAUUAUCCCUACGACUUCCGUCGGCACCGCCAUGGCUUCUCCCACUGCAUCGUCCUCCUCGUCAGCACCAUCAUCUAAUCCUAGCGGUGCCGGUAGUGCUGGAGCGGACCAAGCAGGCAGCAGCAGCGAAGGCACGGGCCUGAGUCGCGGUGGCCUCGCUGGUCUCAUCGUUGGCGUUAUCAUUGGUGCUUUAGUCCUCGGCGGAUUAGCUGUCUUUGCCCUCUUGGGCCGCAAACGUCGCAACGAGUCCGGCGCUGCUGGUGUCUAUCCUGGUGCGGCCGGCGAGAAGCCUUGGCACUCGGAAGAUGGUUUGAGUCGCGACGCUGCGGGCAGUCCUUCAGCUGGCGACAAGAGCCCAGCGGGCCGACCAUCGCUUGGAGGAGCGGCCGCGGGCGCAGGAUUUGGUGCCGCUGGCGCUGCUGCCGCUGCUGGCGCAGCCGCAAGGAGCGAAAAUGAUGCAGCAGACCCCAACCGACCCAUCAGUGGUGUCACUACCAGCAGCGGUACCGAUGGUCGCGGUACCACGGUCGCUUCCGCAAGAGAUCAGUACACUGGUCAGGAAAUUUUCCCUGGAGAGGAUGUCAUCGCCGUCUACCCAUAUAAUGCCUCUCUGAACGACGAGCUUACCCUCGAGCCCGAUCAGCGCAUAACCAUCGUCAGAUUGUACGACGACGGCUGGGCACUGGGACGAGCUGCCGAUGGUCAAGAGGGCGCUCUGCCCCUCGUAUGUGUCAGCUCCACCAAGGGUGAGAUCCCACGCAUUGGUGGUGGAUCCUCCGGCACCGGCACUGGUACCGGCACAGAAACUGAGAACGAGUCUGGAAACGAGGCCUUCACGAGCGGCGCCAGCGUCGAUGGCGCGGUCACUGCCGACGAAGGCGGUUUCACUUCUGAUGCAAGUCGUGUCCAGGGCCGCCGAUAGAUUCGUCUGGCCCCACGUGACUGUUUAUGCGUUUGUGCUCCUUCACACAAGCAGAUAGGCCGAGGCGCUUCCACGCUCCUCGAUCAGAAUCAUGUCCUCUCAUAUCUCGUCGCGCCUCCAGA